AUGGAUCUCAGUAAAAUCAAUUUAAGUAAUUAUAUACCUGCAAUGCCUUAUAAAGUUCGUGAAUUAUUUGACAAAGCAACAAAUAUUGUUAUGAAUUAUACGGAAACAGAAGCAAAAGUUGUUGAAGCAACAAAUGAUGAAUCUUGGGGACCACCUGGAAAAUUAUUACAAGAACUUUCUCAACUAUCAUAUUCAUAUGAACAUUAUAAUGAGGUAAUGGGAAUGCUUUGGAAACGAUGUUUUGGACAAGACAAAAAGUAUUGGCGACGAACCUAUAAAUCACUUCUCGUUUUACUCUAUUUAAUAAAAAAUGGUAGUGAAAAAGUCGUAACAUCAGCAAGAGAACAUCUUUAUGAUCUUAAAAGUUUAGAAAAUUUUGCUUAUACUGAUGAACAAGGCAAAGAUCAAGGCAUAAAUGUGCGUCAUAAAGUAAAAGAAAUUAUUGAAUUUAUUCAAGAUGAUGAUCGACUUCGAGAUGAACGUAAAAAAGCAAAAAUUAAUCGAGAUAAAUAUAUUGGUGUUGGUAGUGAUGCAUCAUCUUCUCGUUAUAGUGAUCGUUGGACUGAUUAUGAUGAUUCAAAUGAUGGAAAUAAUUCAACAACAAAAAGAAAAGAUUUUGUAGAAUUAGAUGGUCGAUGGCGUUCAACAAAUCCAUCUAUACUUGAAGAAGGUUUUAAUAAAGCCGAAGAUAUAGCAAGUAAAGUUAAAGAAUUAGUACUUGAUCAACGACGUCCAUCAAAUGAUUAUUCACCAGACAUUAGUGAUGAUGAGAAUCAAUAUUCUAAAAAAAAUACUCAAUUUCAUGAUACACCAUGGAAAGAUCAAACAAAUGAUUAUCGAAAUAAAACAAAGGAAAGUGAUUUUCAAGUAAAAAAAUCUCCAACACCAAGUAAUACUGCUCAAACAUCUUCUCAAAAUCGAUCUUCAACAACAAAUAAAAAGCCACAAAUGGUUCCACCUAUUCCAAUUCAAACAACACCUCAACCUCCUAUUGCUGAUUUAUUAGGUGAUGAUGACGGCUUUACACCAUAUGUACAAGCUACAGGUGUGUCAUCAUCUAUUGAUGAUGAUUUUGGUCAAUUUCAAGAAGCCUCUAUCAUUCCAACUCAACAAACAACAUUACCAAUUUCUACAACACAACCUUCUAUUUGGCCAACAACAACAACUGCAUCAAUUGUACCACCAGCAUCAACACCAGCAACAUUAAUAUUUGAUCCAUUUGAAACAUUAGGAGAAACAACAUCAACAUCAAAUAAUCUUUUACAACCAAUGAAUUCACCAUCACCACCACCAUCAACAACAAAUAAAACAUUCUCAAAUGAUUUAAAUUUAUUUUUUCCAUCGUCUCAACCGACUCAACAGACAUCAAUGUUUUUUCCUACUCAACAACAACAACAACAGCAACAAGCAUUUGUACAUCCACAAAUGUUUCAACAACCAAUGAUGUUUUCAUCAACUCAACAGCAAUUUAAUAAGCCAAAUAAUAAUUCAUUUAAUGCCAUAUUUCCCGAUGUAUUCCCUGAAGUUGCUAAACAAGAGCAACCAAAAGUUGUAGACAAACAGAAUACUUGGUCAUCAGCACAAGGAAAAAUUGAUAUAUCAUUAAAUAAUCUCAUACCACAUACUCGUGGUGAUGCUCAAAAAACUUCUUUACCACUCAAUCAAUUACUUAGUCCAACAAAUAGUGGUUCAUCAUCAUCGAUGAUGAUGAAUAAGAACACUCAAUCGAUGUUUUCAAAUUCAUCACUUCCAAUGAACAUUUCAGGCAAUCCUACAAAACUUAAAUAA